UCCAGGUGGCGCUCUCAAUUGAAGUGAGUAAAGUAUUUCAUGCUUGUUUUUGGGUCUAGUUGAAGACAUGGACACACUCUUAGCCUGCCAUGAUGGAUUUCUCCUAGGAACUUGGUUAGAAAGCGCAAAGAAACUCGCCCAAGAUGAAGAACAGGAAAAGCAGUUUGAAUGGAAUGCUAGAACUCAGAUAACUAUGUGGUUUGACAACACAAAGGAGGAAGCAAGUCUGCUUCGCGACUAUGGAAACAAGUAUUGGAGUGGGCUUCUGCAAAAUUAUUAUGGCCCUCGAGCAGCUAUAUAUUUUAAGUAUUUAACACAAAGCUUAGAGGAGGGCAGUGAGUUUCGGUUGAAGGAUUGGAGGAGGGAGUGGAUAAAGCUUACAAAUGAUUGGCAAAACAGCAGGAAGGCAUUCCCUGUGAAAAGUAGUGGAAAUGCUCUCAGCACAUCCAGAUGGCUUUUUGAUAAGUAUUUAGGAUCAAGUGCUGACAACAUAUAAUCCCUGAAUGAAGCUGCUAUUGAGAUUGGAAGACUUUGUGAGUAAUGUACUACUCAUUUUAAUUUUAAAUAAAGUUUUAGAAAACUUGUACAACUUAUAAAA